CUUUUUCAUGCAUAACUGGCUAGUGUCUUCACUCGAUCUCCUACAUUCUCACCACAAUUUUGAGUCUUUUUCUCUCUUUCUUUAUCCCUCCCACACACACACAGAGUCAGAGAGUCACAGACAAUGGGAUCACCUAAAUUUAGAAGCUUUUUUUGUUCAUUUGCUUUUGCUGUUUUGCUCAUUUCUUGCCUUCACCAAAGCGGUGCCAAAGCAGAAGAGUUGAGAAACUUAGGUCAUGAUGAUCAUUUCUUAUCGGAUGGAUGUGAUUUCUACGAUGGAAGCUGGAUUUAUGAUGAUUCUUAUCCUUUGUACAGCCCAGCAGCCUGCCCGUUUAUCGAGGAUGUAUUUAACUGCCAGAAAAAUGGACGGCCUGAUCAUGUUUAUCUCAAAUAUAGAUGGAAGCCUCGCGGUUGUGCAUUACCAAGAUUUGAUGGUCGGGAUUUCGUGAGAAGGUUUAAGGGGAAGAAAAUAUUGUUCGUAGGGGACUCUCUAAGCCUCAACCAAUGGCAGUCGCUCACAUGCAUGCUGCAUGUGUCAGUGCCCCGAACAAACUUUACAAUCUACAGAAAAGGCGAUCUCUCCACGUUUACUUUACAGGAGUAUGGAAUUUCCGUGAAGUAUUCUCGCAAUGCAUUUCUAGUAGAUCUAGUAAAAGAAGAGAUCGGCAGAGUUUUAAAGGUCGACUCCAUUACCAAUGGAAAUUCAUGGAAAGGAUAUGACGUGCUCAUCUUCAACACCUGGCACUGGUGGCUUCAUAAAGGAAGCAAACAACCAUGGGACUACAUUGAAGAAGGAGGCCAGAUACGGAAAGAUAUGAAUCGUCUGGUUGCUUUUAUGAAGGGACUAACAACUUGGUCAAAGUGGGUGGACUCUAACGUUGAUCCUAACAUCACCAAAGUCUUCUUUCAAGGAAUUUCUCCAACCCAUUACAAUGGUAAAGACUGGAAUGACUCAAAAUAUACAACUUGCAGUGGAGAAACGCAACCGAUGAGUGGUUCGACAUAUCCAGGGGGUUCGCCGUCAGCGAGAGGUGUUUUAAAGCAUGUCUUGAACAAAAUUCCAACCGCCGUCACAUUGCUGGACGUGACUACAUUAUCACAAAUGAGAAAAGAUGGACACCCUUCUAUUUAUGGGUUCGACGGGAAAAAGGGAAACGAUUGUAGCCAUUGGUGUCUUGCCGGUGUCCCUGAUACAUGGAAUCAACUCUUUUACGCCAUUCUUGUUAGAGGGGGAGGUUCAAGAAAUUAAUUAACCAAUAUUCUAAACUUCUUUUUUUUUUUUUUUUGGUAAAAAAUAAAAUAAAAUUGUAAACUUUGGUGGUUUAGGGGAGGAAUUUUAUGAUUACUAUAAAGCCAUAGAAGAUCCAUAACAUUAGAGGCAUAAGGAUGAAAUUUUUGAGAAUCUUUCAUAGGAAUGCCAAAUACUUUGAUUGCCUCCAAAUGAUUCUAGCCACAUCACGAUCAAGAAAGAGAUGAUGGAUUGUUUCUAAGCGUUGAUUGCGAAUGGGACAGAACCAAGUCUCUGUAUCAGAAGGACUAAAUUUAUAAAGGGAAAAUUUCACAUUCUUCA